UCUGGAGACGAAGGUAAAACCCAACGGGCCAGCUGUGAUUAAACGACAGGCGAUUGGCCAGGAACACCGGUCUGAUGACGUCCACGCUGCAGGUCGCUGAACAUGACGGAUCUCAAGACGAGGGAUCAAGCCCAAAGAAGAACAGAGAUGUUUGGAGAGGCGUCAGACCACCGCAGAUUGCAGAAUAUGAUACAUUAAAAAAAGAGAAAUCGAGCACAAAACAUUUUUGGGAAUUUCAGAGUGGCGUGUGUGCUCCACUAACUGGUAUGGACAGUGGGGCGGAUGAACGAGGAUCAUAUCCGAGGUGGGUGACAUCAUCUGGAGUUGCUGCUUUGAUUCUGUUUCUGUUGUGUAUUCUCCUACUGGCUGGGAUCAUUGGCCUUUCUGUUCACUAUAUCAAAGUGAGCAGUCACUACAACUCAGACUACAACGACUUCACUGAAGAGAGAAACCUGUUAAAGGUCAGUUACAAUAACAUGACUGAAGAGAGAAACCAGUUAAAAGCCAGUUACAACAACAUGACUGAAGAGAGAGACCAGUUAAAGGCCAGUUACAACAACCUGACUGAAGAGAGAGACCAGUUAGAAGCCAGUCACAACCAGCUGAUGGAAGAGAGAGACCAGUUAAAAGCCAGUCACAACCAGCUGAUGGAAGAGAGAGACCAGUUAAAAGCCAGUUACAACAACUUUAUUGAAGAGAGAGACCAGUUAAAGGCCAGUUACAACAACCUGACUGAAGAGAGAGACCAGUUAGAAGCCAGUCACAUCCAGAUGAUGGAAGAGAGAGACCAGUUAAAAGCCAGUUACAACAACUUUAUUGAAGAGAGAGACCAGUUGAAUGAAACGCUACACCUUUGGAACAGUGGGUGGAUAAAAUUCGGUUCCAGUUGGUACCUCCUCUCUGAUCAGAAGAACACCUGGACUGCCAGCAGAGAGGACUGUCUGAAGAGAGGAGCUCACCUGGUGAUCAUCAACAGUGAGGCAGAACAGAGACUCCUCCAUGGACUGAGUGGAUCGCGUAACACCCACAUCGGUUUACAUUUUAUCAAAAUGGAGAAGACUUGGAUGUGGUUUGAUGACGGACCGUCCAGAAAAAUCAUCAACUCCUGACAUCACGUUCUGGGAUUAUGGGGAACCAAACAAUUCCGGGGGGGAGGACUGUGCUGAGAUUGUAACCAUGAAAACAUACCCAUUAAAGAGCUGGAAUGACAUACCAUGCACACAGAUGAAUAACUGGGUGUGUGAGAUGACCACGUCUGGAGAAUAACAUAAUAUCUAUAAACAUUUGGGAUGUUAGGCAUUUUGAUGAUCUGUUUUAAAAAUGUCUGCUUUGAAAAUGUAUUUAGAAAAAGAAAACAAAAUAGUUAAAGGAACCAUUUCGACUAUUUCCAAAAUACAAAUACUGAAAACAAUUCUACUUAUAACUUAAAGUGAUGGGGAAAGAUGUUAUUUCAGAUGGAAAUGCUUAAAAAAAUACUUAGUUAUUUUUGUUGCACUUGAACUCAUAAGGUCACCAUCUUCUCCAUUCUUCCUGUGGCAAGGUAGUAGAUGCUAAACAUCCAAUUCAACGAAAUGCCCCCUCCAUUUUAUAAAGCAAGGCUGGGUCAGUCUACUCAUUGUCCUGAAGUGGGGGUGCUCCAGAGCAAGACAUCUGACUGGCCAAGUAAGGGAGUGUGUCUUUGAAUAGCCUGUCUUGGUUAUGUUUCUGUGGUCACCACACAUUGUACAUGUCAAGCCCACAAUCAGUUCUAGACAGGUAAAGCCAACCCUGAACACUAUACAUCCUGCAAUAUUUUUUGCCACAUUUCCAAAACGAUAACACGGUCUAAUUAUGUUUAAUCUGUGCUUACAUGCCUUUAUUUUCUUUAUCUACCUUUAAGUCUUUAUCUACCAUUGAGUCCCAUAUGACA